AUGGUUGGAGAGGCACAGACUACCAAAGGGCGUGCGUUGCUGCGUUGCUGCGUAGCAGCUCAAAACCUGUCAAGAGGCCAUUCCCCAGAGGACGUCAUGGAAACUUUAAGCCUGGAGCUGCCAUUGAAGGAUCCCAUCGGCGAAGGCACCAGCGGAGUGGUGUACCCAUUGAAGACGGACGAUGCAUUCGGCCGAUACGUGGUGAAGCGGAUGAAGAAGACCCAGGAUCAAGAGGUCUUCGCUGAAGAAGUUCGGUUGCUGAAGCUCGUCUCUGCCGAGUGUCACCACCUCCUGCGCUUCGGCUUCGCCUUUCGGACGCCGAGCGACGAGCUGGUGAUGAUUACAGAGGCCUGUGACGCCACCCUUUGGGAUGCCUUAACGGGUGCCACCACCUGGCGGACAACAGCCUUGGCUCCUUUAGGGUUCACUGAGAGGCAUACAUGGAGUGCACAACUGUGUGCCGCAGUUUGUCAUUGUCAUAGCCUUGGAGUACUUCAUCGGGACAUCAAUCCAUGGAAUGCGCUGCUCAUACAGGAGAGCGGCACCUGGAAUUUGCGCCUGGGCGACUUUGGCCUCGCGGUGCCGUGUAGCGGCGACUUGCAGGGCAUCGAGGCGCCGGGCGUCGCGCCGCUGGACGCCUCCGCACUCACGUCGCUCUACUCGGCCCCGGAGCUUGGGAAGCGCUAUGGAUAUCCAGCUGACGUUUUCAGCUUAGGGAUGACUUUGUUGGCGCUCUGGACAGAGCGGGGGGAGGAUGAUUGGCAUGUGAAGAUUGGGGCUGUGGCAUCGGAGCAAGGCCAAUGGGCUUUCCAGCGCUUUGGGCAUGUGGUGGUCGUUGUGGGGGACAAGGUGGCUUGCGGGAGAGCCCUGGAGUUCGUGACCGUGGCAGGUGGCUCAUUGGCUCGACGGUGGCUGGCAGACCGAGCGAAGAUCCGUGCCCCCAUCGCGGACGCGCUGAAGGUUCGGCAGCCUCAGGCCAUGUCGGUGCCCAAGGAUAUGGCGAACUUCGACGAUGCCGACAUGGCCAUUCUACACAACCUGGGCAUCGAGACCGAUGCUGUGAUCCACAAUGCACGCCCUGGGACCUUGUACGAUGAGGCCUUGCGUUACGAGAAGGGCUCGGCGAUUUUGUCCACUGGAGCUCUGGCGGCCUACAGCGGCGCCAAGACAGGGCGCUCGCCCAUGGACAAGCGCGUGGUAGAGGAGCCUUCCACGAUUGAUGACGUGUGGUGGGGCACGGUGAACAUGGGACUUUCAGAGAAGAGCUUCAGCAUUAAUCGGGAGCGAGCAAUCGACUACCUGAACACUCGCCCCAGGCUGUAUGUGUUGGAUGGUUUCGCUGGAUGGGAUCCUGAAUACCGCUACAAGAUCCGAGUGAUUACGAGCCGGGCCUACCAUGCCCUUUUCAUGCACAACAUGCUGAUCCGCCCCACUGCGGAAGAGCUGGCAAACUUUGGAGAGCCCGACUACACCAUCUACAACGCAGGUGCUUUCCCUGCCAACCGCGCCACCGACGGCAUGACAAGCGGCACGUCUGUGUCUUUGAACUUCGCGACCAAAGAGGUGGUGAUCCUCGGCUCGCAGUACGCUGGUGAGAUGAAGAAAGGUGUUUUCACCAUCAUGAACUACCUUCUGCCGAAGCAGGGCAUUCUCAGCAUGCACGCCAGUGCAAACGAGGGCGAGGACGGCGACGUCACGGUCUUCUUCGGCCUCAGUGGCACCGGAAAGACCACGCUGUCCGCCGACGAGAACCGAAAGCUCAUCGGAGACGACGAGCACGCCUGGACGGACAAGGGUGUGUUCAACAUCGAAGGAGGCUGCUAUGCGAAGGCGAUUGGCCUCACCAGGGAGAAGGAGCCGGAGAUUUGGGAUGCCAUUCGCUUUGGUGCGCUCUUGGAGAACGUGGUCUUCGACCAACGCACCGGUGAAGUCGACUACAACGACAGCAGCAUCACCGAGAACACCCGGGUCUCGUAUCCACUGGAGUACAUCCCCAACGUCAAGAUUCCUGCGGUGGGCGGUCAUCCUAAGAACAUCAUUAUGCUCACAUGCGACGCCUUUGGCGUGCUUCCGCCCGUGUCCAAGCUCACGCCCUCACAGGCCAUGUAUCACUUCAUCUCAGGCUACACUGCUAAGGUCGCUGGUACUGAGAUGGGCAUCAGUGAGCCGACCGCGACCUUCUCCGCUUGCUUUGGAGCUCCUUUUAUGGUGUGGCACCCGGCCAAGUAUGCUGAACUGCUGGCAGAGAAGAUGGCCAAGCACAACGUGAACGCUUGGUUGAUCAACACUGGCUGGACCGGAGGUGCCUUUGGCUCUGGCCACCGCAUGAGCCUCAAGGACACCCGCGCCAUCAUCGAUGCCAUCCACUCCGGGGAUUUGGCCAAGGCGGAGUACGAGAACUUCCCCAGGUUUAAUUUGCAAGUGCCCAAGACCUGCCCCAACGUGGAUGCCAAGAUCUUGAUGCCGAACAAGACCUGGUCAGAUCAAGCUGAAUUCGAGAAGAUGUCGGCCAAGUUGUCGGGGCUCUUCAAGGAGAACUUCACCAAGUUCCAAGAAGGGUGCUCUGAAGACAUCAGGGCAGCCGAGAUCAUCCAGCUCAUAGAGCAGGUGAAGCAAAGCUGCUUGAAACAUGAGCUAGUGCUGCUUCCGGUGCUGAUUCCGGAGCUUCAGGUAGAGACCGAAGCUCGCUGGGCCCUGCAGCGCUCUUUAUGGGACAAACCCUGGUUGCGCGGAGUGGCUCAGUCCCUUCUGAGCGCCUUCCAGGGCGAAGUAGACCUUGAGGCAGCUUCAGCUAAAGGCGAGCAGCGGAAGCUGCAGAAGCUCUUAAAGAGACACACCUUGCAGCUGAGUCUUGAGGAGAUGAAAGAAAUUCUGAAAGCCUUGGAUAAAGGCAUCAGCGAUGAGAUGGUUGACUUGGUGUUUGGUGCAUUGAGUACCUCAAAGGGUACUGUGGACAUCGAUACACUUCUUCAAUGGCUGUUCCAAGAUCAGCUCCUAUAG